UCUGUGCUGACAGCAGUGAGCCUAACGUGGGGCUCGAACUCAAGGACCCUGAGAUCAUGACCUGAGCCAAAGUCAGAUGCUCAACCAACUGAGCCACCCUGGUGCCCCAAGGUUAAGUAACUUUUGAGGACAUAUACUAGUAAGUUGCAGAGACAUCUGUGGAGUUUAAGAACAUGGAGUUCAUCAGAGUAUAUCACUGAAGAAUAUGAUGGCUGAAAACAAUUUAAAAAUGCUAAAGAUUCAACAGUGUGUAGUAGCCAACAAACUACCUAGAAACAGGCCAUAUAUUUGCAAUAUUUGCUUCAAGCACUUUGAAACGCCAUCAAAAUUAGCUAGGCAUUAUCUCAUUCAUACUGGUCAAAAGCCAUUUGAAUGUGAUGUGUGUCAUAAAACUUUUAGACAACUGGUUCAUCUGGAGAGACAUCAACUAACUCAUAAUCUGCCUUUUAAAUGUAGCAUUUGUCAACGCCACUUUAAAAAUCUGAAGACGUUUGUGAAGCACCAACAACUUCACAAUGAAACCUACCAGAAUGACGUUAAACAGGUCAGAAGAUUGCUGGAGGCCAAGCAAGAAAAGCCGGUAUAUGGGAUGUAUCAUACUUUUACCACAGAGGAAAGAUGGGCAUUACACCCUUGCUCCAAAUCUGAUCCUGCAUACAGCCCUACAAAGAAAAGAAAGAAUAUUCAUGCAUGUACGAUCUGCGGCAAGAUGUUUCCAUCACAAUCAAAACUUGAUAGGCAUGCACUUAUUCAUACUGGUCAGAGGCCUUUUAAGUGUGUCCUGUGCAGUAAGUCUUUCCGACAGUCAACUCAUUUAAAAAUUCAUCAACUCACGCAUUCAGAAGAAAGACCUUUUCAAUGUUGUUUUUGUCAAAAAGGAUUUAAGAUUCAAAGCAAACUUCUGAAGCAUAAACAAAUCCAUACCAGGAAUAAGACCUUUCAGACUCUUUCAUUAAAGGUGAAGAGUCCAGAAUCAUGCCCGCUGCCUAAUAAAUUAAAUGCAAAGCAGGAUAGUUUGGAAAAUGGUGAUUUAGGUGAAUCUGAGGAGAAUAAUCCACUUGAUGUCCACUCUAUUUAUAUCGUCCCUUUUCAGUGUCCAGAGUGUGAAGAGUGUUUUGAAUCAGAGCAGAUUCUCAAUGGACAUAAGUGUUUUCCUGCCAGAGGUGGCAAAAUGCCAAGCAGGCUCAAAAGAAGCUACAACUAUAAAACCGUUGUUAAAAAAAUCUUGGCUAAACUUAAACGUGCUGGGGGUAAGAAAUUAGAUAAUCUUCGAUCUGAGAAAAAAGUAUUUAAAAACAAUUUCUUGGAAAAUUGUGAUCUUAUUUCCGGUGAGCAGAGCCCUGAACAAACCCAGAGAACAUUUAUGGGCCCUCUUGGCAAGCAUGGAACAUACAAGACAGUUGGCAAUAAAAAGAAGAAAACAUUGACUUUGCCAUUUUCUUGGCAAAAACACUUCCAGAACCAAAAUGUGGGUAAAAACUUGAAAGGUAUCCUUACGACAGAAAACAUGUUAACUAUAGAUAAUUCAGCGAAUAAUAAAGACGUAUCUAUCUACGGUUCAUCAGGUGAGGAAUUCUUUAAUAACUGUGAAGUGCUUCAGUGUGGUUUUUCAGUUCCAAGUGAAAACCUACAUACUGGACAUAAGAUGUGUCCUUGUGACAAAUGUGAGAAAGUGUUCCCUUCUAUAUCCAAACUACAAAGACACUAUUUAAUUCAUACUGGACAGAGGCCUUUUGGCUGUAAUGUUUGUGGGAAAUCUUUUAGACAGUCAGCUCAUUUAAAAAGACACAAAUUAACUCAUAUUGAUAAGAUUCCUUAUAGACGAUCUCUUUGCCAAGUAGAAUUUGAAAAUUUGAACCAACUUCUCAUUCACCCAGGUGAUAAUGUUAACUAUAAUGCUUCCCAACAAUGUCAGACUCCCGGUUUCCAAAAAUAUGAGGCCUCAGAGUCAGAUCAAAUAUCAGAAAUAAAAGUUAAGGCAGAAUCGGAGGAUUUCAUUCUUAGUCCCCCCUAUAGGAACAGGCAGCCCUAUCACUCCAGUGUACUUUUGCAGUCAGAGCAGAGCCAUCACGGUCACUGUUGUGGUUAUUCAGGGCGGGCGGAGAGGAAUGAUGGCCUUCUCUACCAAUGCAGCGUUUGUUCCAAGAGUUUUAGAUCUCCAUCUAAACUGGAAAGACACUAUCUAAUUCACGCAGGGCAGAAGCCAUUUGAAUGCUCAGUCUGUGGCAAAACAUUCAGACAGGCUCCUCAUUGGAAGAGACAUCAACUUACUCACUUUAAGGAGUGACUAACCACAAGAGAAAGUGGUUCUCAAAGUCAGUUAUGUAACUGACAGAACCAGUAACACAUUCGUAGUCUCUGAUAAUCUUGGUCUCAAAGUUUGUAUCAUUUAAAAUGUAUUUUUACCAAAAGGCCUUCACUAGGUUGGGUGAUUUCAUAGGCAGUUGCUUGUUCUGCAUAGUAGGAAGCAAGAUACAGUACGUAGAAAAUUAAUAGGAUGUUUUAGGAACAGCCAAAUUAAAUUUAGGGGGAAGAACAUGGUUUGAUGCCACACAGUAAGCAUUUAUUUUAUUUUAAUAUAUACUUUGGCUGUACUGAAAAUAUAAAUCCAAGAUGUGGUACAAUAACUCAGUUCAUUCAUUUUUUUUUAAAGGACUUAUUCCUUAAGGCAUGCCAUCUCCUUAAGACUGAGAGGUAAAAAUUGGUUUUUAGCUGCAGCAAAUAGCCCCACUACAUUUUACUUGUUUUAUAUUUCACACGAAAGCAUAAUUUUGUCCACCUAUGGCUCAAAUUCCAUUGCAAAAUUUUUUUCUCUUGUAAGUAAAAAAUACAAAAGCAGUAAGAGUGAAGAUGGAUGAGAAAAUCACAGUAUUAUUUUCAUUGGUCUUUUGCAAGCUAUUCUUAGGAUUCUGGUAGCUUCACCUCCUUUUCCACAAGUGAUUAGAAUUGGUUUUUUGCCCAGCUUGCUGUUUUUCCCAAAUUUAAAAGUAGGAGAGAAGUUAGUAUGGCCCUGUAUACAUUUACCAUGUUUACUUAUCAGGAAUAUUGUCCAAGUGCCAUAAUCUCUUUGAUGUUCUGUAUGCAGUGUUAUCUUUUCAGAGGAAUAAAUGCAAUUCAUCUAUUUACUUGGUGAUUGACAUCAGUAGCUAUAGACUUAAGACUCCCCUCUAGAUCUGCAUCUCCCUAAGACUUUGAUUUACUUUAGUAAAACUUUGUUUUAAUGCCUCAUGCAUUGGGUGGUCAUAUGACUUAAGCAAAUCUGUUAAGUUUGAUCAAAUGGCAAUGACUAGGUCUAGUUCUAGUUUAUUUUCUUUUUAAUUUUUUUUAAUGUUUAUUUAUUUUUGAGAGAGAGUGAGAGCAUGAGUGGGGGAGGGGCAGAGAGAGAGAUGGAGACACAGAAUCUGAAGCAGGCUCCAGGCUCUGAGCUGUCAGCACAGAGCCCAACGCAGGACUCGAAACUAUGAACCGUGAGAUCAUGACCUGAGCCAAAGUCAGAGGCUUAACCAGCUAAGCCACCCAGAUGCCCCAGGUCUAGUUCUAGUUUUUAAGUCUAUGUUUCUUGCAAGAGUCUAAUGCUAAAGAACAUUAUUUUGAUAAUUCAUAAAUUGUUUUGAUAAGUAAGGUAAUUAUUCCCAUAUAAGAAUAAAGUGCUUGCAGAAUUGAGGGUAUCCUUUUUCUAAACAGCACUGUCAUUAUUUGGGAAAUAUUGAAUCUUAAGCUAUAAAAGACUUACACAAUCACAAAUUGUCCUUCAUAUUUGCCAUUUUUUAGUAAAAUCUUUAAGAAUGAGAUUUCUUAGUAAUUAAAGAAAAUAACCAUUAGCUUUCUAAAAGAACAGGUGGCUUUGUCCUAUCACAAAUAUAGUGGCAAGCCCUCUAUUGAGAAUGGAUAAAUGAACAUUCUUUGUAAGCUCUGUGUCAUACUCUAAAAAUUGUCUUUGUGUAGCAGGAGAGAGGAGGGGACAUCGGUAUCUUCUUUUCCAAAUGCAUUUUGAGAACCUUGGGUUUAAUACACAGAGAUAAAACAACAGUACAGAGAAUGCUCAGUGAUGUAUAAAUGUGCAGGAGAAUCAUGUUUUAAAGAAUAAUUUAUCUUAGAUUUCCUUCAGAUAUGUUCCUCCAGUGCAGGCAACAUGAUGGUUUACAGAAUUUGCUGUACACACAACUUUUCAAGAACAUACCUAUUGCAUAAAAACAAGGAAUAACUAGUUCCUGUUUUCCAAGAAUAUAGGUUCAAGGGGUUUUCGUCUGAAGUUAUGUAUUUUGGGAUUUUCCAAAACUAUUUAUGUAAUUUUAUUUGAAGUAAAUGUCUCAUUUAGUCCUUUCCCAACCCAAACAGGGAGAGUUCUAAUAGUGUUGUGCUUGUAUGAUUAUUAGACUUUCUUUACUUAAGUGAUAACUACUAUACUUUUUUUUGGCCCAUGCCUUUUUAAGCUGUUUCAUAUUGAAAGUUGGAAUAUUGUACAAAUUUUGUCAAAGAUGUACUGUAGUGCUAUUUGAAGUACCUGUAACAAAAUACUUAUUUACCUUUAUCAUUGCAAGCUUCUUGUGGAAACUUUAUAGGAAUGAAAGUAAACUUAUACAUCCAUAAGAAGAUUAAACAUUAGAUGUUACAUGAUUUGCUGCAUGCUAGAACUGUUGGUAUUGUUGAGUCAAUCACUUUGGUUUUCUGAAAAAAUAAACUUUAUAAAUAUCUUUAAGGAGAUUUAUUAAAAUUUUUUUGUUUCGGUGAUUCCAGGCUAUAGCAUGAUUACUUCCUGAAGUAGUUUGAUUGGCUGAGUUAGUGGAAUUAUUGUUUCUUGUUUUGUACUGCAGUAGGGCCAACAAUUUUAGGACAAAAUGUGUGUGUUGAAGGAAAGUAGAUGGUGAUUAAGAGUCUUGGAGAAUUCAAAUUUCAGAAUAUUUUAAAAAUAAACUUUCAAAUUAUA